AUGACUAAGUUUGCAUAUUUUUACGUGCGCGCCGUCCAAGACGACCACGGAAAACUCAAAACAGAUAAAUUUGUCAAAGGAGAUCCAGAGCUACUGGGGCUCCCUCAAGAUGUUUGGAAUACGCGUGCCUCGUAUAAUUUACUCUCAAGACAUUUACGCGGAGGGCUUUCCGGUUCCGGAGACGUUUAUCAUCCCGGCAAAGCUACCUACGGGUGGAAUAUGUCUGCUAUCUCUGAGCCAGAAUUUGCAAAAAAAACCGUCGAAAAAGUUCAAAUGAGUGGUUUCUAUGGAAGUUAUCCGCAAUCUUGCGGUUAUGGUUGGAGCCCAGGGAGCCAAGAGGCCACGGAGCCUGGAAAUGAUAUUUUUGUUAAAACAGUCUGCGAAGUAAAGCGCGUUUUGCCGUCAUUGUUUAAUAUCAAAGUGUUGGGAGAAAAAGGAUCUGGCUACAGAGCACAAGGAGCUAUUCAGGAUUUCAAUUCCCUAAGACAGCAAUGUUUAUCACAAGGAAUUUUGUUCGAGGACCCAGAGUUCCCGGCUACAGACUCAUCGCUGUUUUUUUCAAAGAGACCUGACAGAUACAUCGAAUGGAGAAGACCUAUGGAAAUAGCAGAUAAUCCUCAGCUAUUCGUCGAAGGAUUCUCGCGAUUCGACGUCCAGCAAGGAGAGUUAGGUGAUUGCUGGUUGCUGGCAGCAGUUGCUAAUCUCACAAUGCAUCCAAAUUUAUUCUUCCAAGUAGUACCUGAAGACCAGAGUUUUGAUGAAGGCUACGCUGGAAUAUUUCACUUCAGAUUCUGGCAGUAUGGCCGCUGGGUAGACGUAGUAAUCGACGACCGCCUGCCAACCUACAACGGGCAGCUAAUGUUUUUAAACUCAGCCGAGAAAAACGAGUUUUGGAGUGCGUUGUUAGAAAAAGCCUACGCAAAACUUCACGGUUCCUACGAGUCCUUAAAAGGAGGUACUGCUUGCGAAGCUAUGGAAGAUUUUACUGGUGGAGUCACUGAGCUGUACCAAAUGGAUGAGACACCGCCGAAUUUAUUCAGCAUUUUGCUGAAAGCCUAUGAGAGAAAUUCAAUGUUGGGAUGCUCCAUUGAGCCUGACCCGAAUGUCCUCGAAGCAGAAACUCCUCAAGGUCUGAUCCGAGGUCACGCUUACAGUAUCACUCGUGUCAAGUACGUCGACAUCGAAACGCCACACCAGGUCGGAAAAAUACCGCUGCUAAGAUUGAGAAACCCCUGGGGUAACGAAGCCGAGUGGAACGGCCCGUGGAGUGACAUGUCGCCAGAGUGGAGAUUUAUCCCCGAUCACGAGAAAGAAGAGCUGGGAUUAACCUUCGACACUGACGGAGAGUUCUGGAUAUCUUUCCAGGAUUUUAAGAAAUUUUUCACGGCCCUGGAGAUCUGUAACUUGAACCCCGACUCGCUGACCGAGGACGACCUCAGCGCUGGGAAAAAGAGGUGGGAAACGAGCGUGUUUGAAGGCGAAUGGGUUCGCGGAGUCACUGCCGGAGGUUGCAGAAAUUUCUUGGAGACUUUCUAUCACAAUCCGCAGUACCGUGUCACUCUGGAGUAUCCUGACGAAGGAGAUGACAAGUGCACGGUGAUUGUAGCUCUGAUGCAGAAGAACCGACGGGCUCAGAAACGCAUGGGCGCGGACUGUUUGACUAUUGGGUUCGCUAUUUACCAUCUCGAGUACCCGGAUCGAUUACCCAAGCCGCUUGAUAUGAAUUUCUUUAAAUACAACGCAUCCGUUGCCAGAUCACCCUCAUUUAUUAAUCUACGCGAGGUCACUUGUCGGUUUAAAUUACCUCCUGGCAGUUAUUGCAUUGUACCGAGUACUUUUGAUCCAAAUGAAGAGGGAGAGUUUCUACUGCGUGUAUUCUCUGAGAAUAAAAAUCAUAUGGAAGAGAACGACGAGUCUGUUGGAAUAGGAGAAGUCGAUGAUAGGGUACGCGAGGAACCACAACCUGACCGAAAUAACGAGGAAAAAGUCCGCGAGUUCUUCAAGAAACUCGCGGGAGAUGAUAUGGAGGUUGAUUGGGAAGAGUUGAAAGAAAUUUUAGACUACGCUAUGAGAAAAGAGCUACCACUGUCUUCUGAUCAUAGUGAGGCCCAUAAUACUACGGGCCCCAAUGAAGAAGGUUCUUUAUUGGAAACCCUCGUCUCUCUGCUGUGUAGUAUCGUUUGUCCUGCCGAAAAAAGGGAUGAACAGUACAGUGAGCCUGUAGAUGGCACGGGUUACUUAAGCGCGUUUGAAUUGAGACAAGCACUAAACAGCGCAGGAUACAAAUUAAACAACCACAUUUUGAAUAUUUUGGUGCAUAGAUACGGCACUAAAGAUGGAAGAGUAACAUUUGAUGAUUUUAUAAUGUGUGCGGUUAGAUUGAAGACAAUGAUUGACAUAUUUCGGGAGCGCGAUCCACAUCAAACUAACUCAGCGACAUUUACCUUGGAAGAAUGGGUUGAGAAAACUUUAUACUCGUAA